UCAUAUAUAUAUGAAAUAUUUUUUUUCUCGAGGCUUUGAAUAAGAGACUUACCCUUUACAAAACAAUUAGAUCAAUUAGAUACUCCUUAUAAGACAUUAGUUAGGCCAGGCUCACAUCUAACUUCACAUUCACUUUCACUAUCUCUUAGUCUGCUGGACUAUUGGGGCACCACACAGGAUCUGUCAACCUUCUUUCUUCAUUCUUCUCUGUCAUUUGCCAUUGAUAGAAUUUCAUUAUGAUAUUCUUUCUGAAAAUAUUGAUACCUGCCUUUUUACCUACCUGGGUGGACCACUUCUGAUAGAAUUUAAUACCGAUAUUCUUCUGAAAAUAUAGAAACCUGCCUUUUUUCCUGCCUUGUUGGACCACUUCGGGGGUCGAUUUUGAGUUUGUGUUUCCACACAAAACUGUCUUUGUAACCUUGUUUCUACAUUCUUUUAUUGUCAUAUUUCUUCUGAAUAGAGAGGGACUUUCAUUUGUUUGUUCAUUUUUCCAUCGUGGGCCAGUAUGUCUGCUUUUUCAUUGCCUUCUAAUUCAACGUGUGCUGGAACCCAUUGAAGAACAGUUUCCUUGAUGUAGGUUUACAAGGGCUGUCCUGAGUUGCUUUAUAUAGGAAGUAUCCGAGUUUUUCAGGCUUUGAAGGACUGUCUUGGCAUCGGUCAGUAAGACGAUUUAGCUGUUUGGUGUGCAAACCAACGGACAAGUCAAUAAACAUCCAGAUUAGUUGAAUGAGACAGGACUUGAAAGCAAACUUGGAUUCACAACAAGAUUUUUUGAAGAGAGGAAUUAGCCCUCUCAUGCCCGCCCUCACAAUUGUGAUAUUUUGGAUGAAUGGAAAUAUCUUCGAAAAGAUUUGUCAUUUCAUGUCCCCUGUGACAGAAUCAAAGACAAAAAUGAUGAAGACAUUUUAUUGGUGUGUUCCCUUUUUUUGUUUAUGUUCCCUUGGAGACGUGCAAGCUCAAAAGGUAGAGCUCUAUUUAACUAAUUGUCAAUUAGCUUAUGAGUCUGGUGAUACAGUUGAGCUUCAAGCAUUUCUAAACACAUCUGGAACGAAUCAAACUGUAUGGCCUUUGGACAACAUUGUCUUAUUAACAACAAUGUACACGCCAGAAUGUACCGUCAACAUCACAAACGAUGGGUGUGAGCUCAAGAAUACAUCCUUAUGUGGAUACUGUGAUCAUCAAGUGGAGGAUGGAUAUUUCAUUAAUUUUACUUUUACUUUUGAUAUCAACAAAGGAAACUAUUGGUUAUUUUGUUAUUGGUAUGGGAUAGAUAACACAUACGUUCAGGAUAAUGUUAUUACUUCAUCACUUCAAUAUGACAGCUUUCAGAAUAGAAGAUAUUUUAUUGGUUGGGAUACAGAAGCUUACUUCACCAUCAACAGCCUGACGAAGUCGCCUGAAUUACAGAAUGUCCAACAUUUUAUUGGUGGCAAUUACCAGCUCCAAAAAAAAUUGUUUCUUGGAACUACUGCAGAAAUAUUCACUAAUAUGAAUCAAUCUGCUGAUUCUAUCAAUAGCCCGCUUAUACUUUUAUCUGGAGUUAAUGGAAGCUGUCAGUACGAAUGUCAAUCUGUUGCUGAGAUGUUAAAUAUACAAAAUCUAGUCAUAAGUAUUUAUGAAUCUGAUGAAAUAUCUAAUGUCACCUUAUACAAUAUUUCAAAAUCAAUCACAGCCUUCUUUCUGGCAGUAAUAACGUAUGAUCUGCCACAGGUGGUCUACCUGGAAAAGUUAGAUUACAACGAUGAGCUUCAAUCCAUAACAUUUGGAUUCCGCAACUUAACUGGCCUGCACAGAUUUUCACUGUACUUUGCUUACAAUGUCUCAACAUGCGUCAAAGCAAAUGUUUGGAAUUUUUCCCAACCUAACAUCACGUUGGCGGACGACUGCCCAAGCGGACCUUAUGUCAAGAAUGGCUUGAUCAGACGUGGGACCAAUGCUACUUGUCGAUGUCUUCUGGCCAACUCUUUUUUUCCGUUUUCAAGUGUCCAGUGGCUUGAUUCUAGUGGUCAGCCAAUUAGUACCCCGGGCGCUUACAGCGAUUUGACAAUUCUCACCGCAGGUAAAACACAGUACACCUGCACCGCAACCACAUUUGAACGCAGCACAAAUGGACUUACAUUUAUUCCGAAUUAUUUUGAUGUCCCACGUGUUGUCAACUUGACAGUGAAUGGCAAAAAAUCUGUUGAUCUACAUGUUGGUGAUAACGUCACAAUCUCCUGCCAAGUUCAGUCGGAACCAGAAGGAAAAGCUGUACUUCUAGCCAGUGGUCUGGGAUCAAUCAAAGAAAUCAUUUCCACCAACGAGACAUUAGAGUUAUCUCUCCGUGACUUACAGUGUGAGGAUUCUGGGAGAUACAACUGUACAGGGCGGAAUGGGUUUGAAGACAACGUGACGUCAUAUCCGGAUUAUGUCGACAUCAAUAUAAAGUGCAUUUUCCAAUUAAACCAGCAAAAGAACACAUCUCUAGUGACAACCGUUUCUCCAGACGAGAACUCAGUUUUUACGUUUGAAGUUUACGGCUAUCCAGAACCUACAGAAUAUGUUCUUAAAAUAGAAACGGGAAAAACGUAUUCAACUAUGGAGACUAAUCAAUACAAGGUAGCAUACACAAGACUAACUCCGCCAUUUGGUUUGAUUACCGUGACUGUCUUCGACGCCGAUAGAAGGGGAUUAAUCACGUACGUCUUGAAUGUAAAAAAUGAAGCAGGGGAGAUAACUCUUACAAUUCAAGUUAACAAAGAAAUACCACCUGUAAAUAUUUCUUCAGGUUCAAACUCAGCAGACGUUAUAGGUGGCGUCACUGGGGGAUGCGCUCUUUUACUUCUCAUUGUGAUUCUUGCAGUUUUGGCAGUUAAACGCAGGAAGAACUUAUCUGACUGUACACACUUUAAACACAUAAGGAAAGAUGUUCCAAUUUCGGGAAGGAAGCAAGUUCAUGAACAUAAAGAUGAAGAAAAUGUCUACAACACGCCUUUGGAAGAUACAGUGGAACCUCCUGAAAGUACUAAAAAGUAUACCUCGUUGCAAAAUGCAGUUUUGCAACAGGAUAGCAAUACAAAUAAAACAUUUGCAUCAGAGAAUGAACUAGACCUCUCUGACUAUAAUGACUAUAAGUUCGCUAAUCCUGAGAAGAAUCUAGUUACCUCGCCUGAUUUUGACAAAAGAUAUUUAUCCAUCGUAAAAACUGACGAGUCCAAUCCCGAAUCUGAAAACGAUUAUUCCAAUAUCCCAGCUGAUGAUACAGUAGCAUUGGAAGAUUUACUGACUACGGCAUAGAUUAUUACGAUACUUUGGAGAAGAAGAAUGUACCUCUUGGGAACGAUGCAGAUCCUGGCUUAUAUGAGACGUAUGAUGUAUUAGUCUCCCCUGAGUAUUAUGAUCGUAACUACAGUACUCCAAUAAAUAAAUCAGUGGCUUCCCCUGAUUUCGUUUACACUAAUAACCGUGACUAUAACUAAACGAUUACUAACCCAGUGAAUGUUAUCCAUCAAUUGUUAGUGUAUCUCUUCAGAACUGCCGUGAAUUUCAUUCUCUGUUAUGUAACAAUUACGAAAUAAUUUUUUUUUCAAAGUUAUUUACUUUCAGAAGCCAUUGGUCGUUUAUUCAUUUCGUAUUAUGCUUUAUGAUUGGAAAUGGUGUUUCCUUUGAGCUUCAUACAAUCAUAAAUCUACAAUCUAUAUCUAUAUCUUGUGUAAUAUUUUAAAUUUGUUAUUUUAAAACAUUUUUGGAGCUUACAAUAGCACAACAUUGUGCGCCAAAUGUUCGUGUACUUCUAUUUGUUUACUCACCAUCUUAUUGAGCACUAGAGGCUGAGUGGUAAAGCGCUUGACUUACAAACCUGAAGCCCUGGGUUCGAAUCUCGGUGAAGACUUGGAUUUUUAAAUUUGGGAUCUUUAGCACGCCUAGCUCUAAUGUGUACCUGACAUUACUUGGGGAAAAGUAAAGGCGGUUGGUCGUUUUGCUGGCCACUGACACCCUUGUUAACCGUGGGCCACAGAAACAGAUCACCUUUACAUAAACUGCAAUAUAGAUCGCAAAGAAACAUUGAAGUGUGGUAAUUCCCACUGAAGCUAUGUGACGUAAUUGAUCAAAUGAUGAGUUCAAAGUCAAUGUUUAAAUGAUUAAAUAAUUGAAAAACAAACAAACUAUAACGUCAUACCUGAAUUUCACUUUGUAGCCAAUUACCUGGUGAUUUUUUUUUUCUCAAAAAAAUGCACAGAAACUGUCAAAUUAAUGGGUAAUUUGUUAGUGAUUUUUUCACAAUAUCCAUCCAAUUUACAGAAUCAUGGAGAAUGUAAGUUGUGAAAGGAUAUUGUAAAAAUUUGUGAGUUUUGGGAAUUUUUGUUUGUUUUUUUGAAAAAGAAAAACACAAUUUAGUAUUUAACAUGUUUCAAGGUUAAUAUUGUAUUGUUCAAACUAGACCUCCAGCGGACAACAGCUUUGUCUGAACGAGGUGCUGGAAAACAUUAAGGUCGCAACUGGGUCUUUACUGGGUUUUGCGUAGUCAUGUGGAACACUGCACUUAUCCUUAAUCUUGGAACAUUGCUUUUAUUAUUAAUGUAUUGUUGGAUAAUUUACUCACUUUUUACAAAGCCUAUAUCAACUCUGUCUGUAUCAACUCUGUCUGUAUCAACUCUGUCUAUAUCAACUCUGUCUGUAUCAACUCUGUCUGUAUAACUAGUAUAUUGUUUGGACACCUGAAAACGAUUAUUCCACACCCGAACUCGGAUCAAGUUGAAAUUCUGAACAUCUAUUUCUUGUUUCUGACAAAAGAAGAAUCAAUAAAAGAAAAAGUAACUGUCAUUGUUAAUUAAUUAUUUUGUUUGGUUUUGAACAAGGGAAAUAAAUUGCAUAUGGUGGUAUAGGCUGAAUUAGUCCCCAUUACACUUAAUUAGGUCGUGGUUAAAAAUGUGAAACUAAUUGUAAUUCUAUUACAAAUCCAUUAAUAGAAUUGAUUACUGUAAUGACACAAGAUGCGUAGAAGUUGAUGUGAAUCGGGUUUUUCCUAAGUAAUGUGACGAGUAAUAAAAGAGCAGGAUUACGAACAAGAAGAAUAACGGACAAGACGCCUUAGAGGACGACGCUAGGCUAGCGACGACAGAGGACUGUGCCCUUUUGAUUGUUUAUUAAAUUGUUUGAAGUUAUCAGCCUGCGUUAUUAAGUAUAUUAUUUAUUCAUUCUGUUGUUGUGUCAUAUGGACUCGCAUGCACCAUUAACAUA